UGCACUUCCUUGAACAAUACACCAGGGGGCAGCCAAGAGACCUAGUGCAAAGUUGUCAGCACUUACCUGCGGAGCAAGGAUAUUGCAGAGCCAAAAAUCUUCUCGCCGAACAUUUUGGAAAUGAGCAUAGAAUUGCCACUGCUUAUAUGGAAAAAAUUCUCAACUGGACACCUGUUAAAAGUGAGGAUGUUAAAGCACUACAGUCAUUCUCCCUUUUUCUUAGAGGAUGCUCAAAUCUGACAGAACAGUUUAUGUAUAUGAAAGAGCUGGACUUACCAUCUAACAUGAGGAGCAUCAUUCUUAAACUGCCAUACAAAUUACGGGAAAAAUGGAGGAAUGUUGCUUGUGAUUUGCUGGAGCGACGUGGUCAAAGAGCGGUAUUCACUGAUCUUGUCACCUUCAUUGAAAGACAAGUCAAAAUAGCCUCGGAUCCACUUUUUGGCAACAUUCAAGACUCGCAACGUACCAACUUCAAGGCUUCCAAUAGUAAUCACACAAACCAAAGGAAAAAGCAAAGCAGUUUUGCCACUAAUGUCACUGAAGUACAAGAUGGAGGUACAUCUCAACAUACAAUAACUCAAGCCAAAGUACCUUUCGUGCAAAAUUGUCUGUUUUGCUCUCAAAGCAGUCAUUCCUUGGACAAGUGCUCACAGUUUGAAGUGAAAGUACACCGGGAUAAAAUUACCUUUCUAAAGGAAAAGGGCAUUUGUUUUGGUUGCCUGAAGCUAGGCCACACAAGCAAAGACUGUAGGAGUCGUUUGGAUUGCAAUGUGUGUCACCAAAAGCACCCGGGAGUCCUUCACAUACACCGACAGGAUACAGGCACAUCCUCACCACAAAGGCCAAGUACUGUGAACCCUUCAAGUGUUUCUGCAAAGCUGUCUCAGACCUGUGGCCAUAUUGGGGCCGGUUGUGAAGAUGACUCUGUCUUUUCUAUUGUUGCAGUCAAGGUCAAGAGUCAGAAAAAUAAUCAAACUGUGCAAACAUAUGCCUUUUUGGAUCCAGGAAGCUCAGGUACAUUCUGCACAGAUACUCUGGCAAGGAAAUUGAACUUAAGAGGUAAAAAGGCAAGUAUUCUGCUAAGAACAAUGGGCCAAAGGAAAAUAGUAAAUGCUCAGAUUUUGUCAGGACUUGAAGUGUCUGGUAUGGAUGGGAAUGACUUCAUUGAGUUACCUGAUGUUCUAACCCAAAGGACUAUGCCUGUGUCUGCAGUAAAUAUCCCACGACAGGAGGAUGUGGAUCAAUGGUCUUAUCUGAAAGGUGUUAAGCUCCAUGACAUCGAUGCCGACGUCGAAUUACUUAUCGGUACAGAUGCCCCAAAGGUAAUGGAGCCUUGGGAGCUGAUAAACAGCCAGGAUGAAGGGCCCUAUGCAGUAAGGACCAGGAUUGGUUGGGCCAUUAAUGGUCCACUGCGCGGUGGAUCUGACGGUAGGAGUAAGAGUGUCUGUCCUACUGUAACAACAAAUCGAAUCUCUGUUGAUCAUCUGCAAGAAAUGCUGGUUAAGCAAUACAAUCAUGACUUUAAUGAGAAAUCAUCAGAGGAGAAGAUUGAAAUGUCCAGAGAAGACAUCAAGUUCAUGGAUCUUAUGAACAAUACCGCAAACUUAAUAGAAGACCACUAUUGCAUCGACUUACCUUUCAGACAGGAAAAUCCCAUGAUGCCAAACAAUCGCUGUGUUGCAGAACAGCGCCUCCAGAGCCUGAAAAGAAAGUUCAAUAAAAAUGGACAUUUUAAGGAGGAAUAUGUCGCAUUCCUGAAUGACAUGAUCAAUAAAGGAUAUGCAGAAAGGGUACCUGAUGACCAAAUGAGACAAAGUGAUGGAACGCUUUGGUACAUCCCCCAUCACGGUGUCCACCAUUCAAGAAAAGGUAAACUGAGAGUUGUGUUUGACUGUGGAGCUGUGUAUAAAGGAACAUCUUUGAACAGCCAGCUCUUGCAGGGUCCUGAUCUUACCAGCUCUCUCAUUGGAGUCCUCCUCCGAUUUCGGCAAGAACCUGUGGCAGUAAUGGCAGACAUCCAAGCCAUGUUUCAUCAAGUUCGUGUCUCAGUCAAGCAUGUUGACUUUCUCCGCUUCCUCUGGUGGCCUCAGGGAGAUACUGCACAGUCUCCAGUAGAACAUCGAAUGAAAGUACAUCUGUUUGGGGCUGUAUCAUCACCAAGUUGCGCAAAUUAUGCUUUGCGGAGAACAGCAGAUGAUAAUGCACAACAUUUCUCUUCUGAUGUAGUGAACACAGUCAAAUGCAACUUUUAUGUGGAUGAUUGUUUGAAAUCCAUGGCAUCGGAAGAAGAGGCAGUGCAAAUGGUAAAGGAUUUGACUGCGCUUUGUCAGAAAGGAGGAUUCAAUCUUUCCAAGUGGAUCAGCAACAGCCGCAAAGUGCUAAUGUCAAUUGCAGAGGACAGCAGAGCAAAGGAGAUCAUGGACUUGGACUUGGAUACAGACCAACUUCCAGUAGAGCGAGCACUGGGACUACAGUGGUGCAUUGAAUCUGACAAAUUCAAAUUCAGGACGUCUGCAAAAGAACAGCCACAGACCAGAAGAGGUAUUCUGUCAGUGGUCAGCUCAUUGUAUGACCCUUUGGGAUUUUUAGCUCCAUUCAUUUUACCAGCCAAGUUGCUUCUCCAGGAACUAUGUCGGAGGAACCUGGGCUGGGAUGAAGCCAUAAUGGAGUUCUCCCGUAAGAAAUGGUCCAACUGGCUUGAAGAUCUUCAAAAGGUAGCAGAGUUUGAGGUGGAUCGCUGUUUCAAGCCCAGAGAAUUUGGAGACCACGUCGUUGCACAGCUUCAUCACUUUUCCGAUGCAAGUGAGGUUGGAUAUGGAACAGCAUCCUACUUGAGACUACAAACUAAUGGUAAAGUUUAUGUUUCAUUUCUCUUGGGAAAAGGUAGAGUUGCUCCACUCAAGCAGAUGACAAUUCCUCGCUUGGAACUCGUAGCUGCAGUUCUUGCUGUUAGGGUUGCUAAGCUGCUGCAAAAGGAGUUGCAGCUUCAACUGAAGGAAUCCGUUUUUUGGACUGACAGCACGACAGUCCUUAAAUACAUACGGAAUGAAACCAGCCGAUUCCACACCUUUGUGGCAAACAGAGCAGCUUACAUCCGAGAAGCAACUGAUGUGGAUCAGUGGAGGUAUGUGAGCUCUAAAGAGAAUCCAGCAGAUGAAGCCUCUAGAGGAAUGAGAGCUGAGGAUUUCCUAAAAAACAGGAGGUGGAUAAUUGGACCAGAGUUUCUCUGGAGGCCAAAAGAGGAAUGGCCUAAAUUGGAGGUGGAUCUUGAUGGAGUUCCUGUAGAUGAUCCAGAGGUUAAAAGGAACCUGAUGGUGAAUGCUGUUAUCAAGAUCCAGGAAAAUGCCACAACCAGCUUAAUCAGUUACUUUUCCAGUUGGACGAAGCUAAAAACUGCAGUUGCUUGGUUUUUAAAGAUCAAGAUGAUUCUCAAGAUUCUGUGCAGGAAGAGGAUGGAAUUUUCUGCUGUUCCAUGUCAAAGGGUUGAAGGAAGAAUGCAGAGUUUCAAGGUCACACUCAAAGGACAGAGUUUGACGCCCGAGGAUUAUGACAAAGCAGAGAAAGCAAUUGUGCAAUAUGAACAAAGAGAGAGGUUCAAGGUUGAAAUUGCCUCACUGAAGAACGGGUUUAAAACAGUUUCUAAAGAGAGCUCAUUGUACAAAUUGGACCCAAUAAUGGAUGAUGGGAUGCUCAGAGUGGGCGGCCGGUUGAAUAAAGCAGCACUGCCAGCAGAGUCCAAACAUCCACUUAUCUUGUCCAAAGACCUGCAUGUAUCCACUCUUAUUCUCCGGCACAUACACCAUCAGUUGGGACAUGCCGGAAGAAAUCACAUGCUAUCCAGAUUGAGGCAGAAGUACUGGAUUACUAAUGCAAACUCUGCUGCCAGAAAAAUCAUAUCGGACUGUGUUGUAUGCAGACGUGACAGAGGAAAGCUUCUUGAACAGAAGAUGGCAGACUUGCCUGAGGAGAGAGUGUUGCCUGACAAAGCUCCUUUUACGGACGUUGGGGUGGACUAUUUUGGCCCAAUUGAAGUAAAAAAAGGCAGAAGUCUUUUGAAAAGAUAUGGAGUGCUUUUCACAUGUUUGACCAGCCGUGCUGUUCACUUGGAAGUAGCAUAUGCACUGGAUACAAAUUCUUGUAUCAAUGCAGUUCGCAGGUUCAUCUGCAGACGAGGACCUGUCCUAACUCUCAGGUCUGAUAAUGGCACAAACUUUGUUGGAGCUAACCGGGAGCUGAAGGAGAGUUUGGAUGCUGUGAACCAUGUCAGAAUUCAAAAGGUUCUGGUCCAGGAUGGCAUAGAAUGGAGGUUUAAUACCCCCUCCGCUUCUCAUCAAGGGGGUAUUUGGGAACGCUUGAUCCGUUCAGUAAAAAGGGUUUUCACCUCAGUUUUGCAACAGCAAAGCCUGGAUGAUGAAGGGCUCCAAACAAUUUUUUGUGAGGUUGAGGCAAUAUUAAAUAGCAGACCCAUCACAAAGGUUUCCGACGACCCGGAUGACCUUGAAGCACUCACUCCCAAUCACAUCCUGACGUUGAAAGGCAAACCUAUCAUGCCACCAGGACUAUUUGACUCAAAUGAUCUGUACCUCAGAAAAAGGAGAGACAAAAGUGGACAAGGCCAAGAAGGAGUCUCACCACCGGAGACAUCGUCCUUGUGGCAGAUGCUGCGGCUCCAAGAGGAUCAUGGAUGAUGGGGAAAGUUUUGGAUGUCAAAUCGGAUGCUAAGGGACUGGUGCGCUCUGUGCGUCUUCAAACAAAGACCAGCAUCCUGGAGAGGCCAGUGACGAAGCUCUGCCUGCU